UGUCUCGUUGUGAACCUCUGCUUCGCUGUACAGCCUGUACGAUAUAUAAAACCUUCGUAGGGAUAGUUGCUCUAAACCAGAUUAUAACGCUGAGCCCAAUUGUUGUUGAAAGACAGAGAGAGAAGGAGACGAAUCCAAAUCAAAUCAGAUUUGCAUUGGCAUCUACUAACAAAAUGGAGGCGGAGAAGAAGUAUGUCACCGUCGAGGAGCUCAAGAAGCACAACAAGCCAGGGGACUUGUGGAUCUCCAUUCAGAAUAAGGUUUACGAUGUCUCUGACUGGAUUAAGGAUCACCCUGGUGGCGACGCCCCUCUCCUCGGUUUGGCUGGCCAAGAUGUCACCGACGCUUUCAUAGCGUACCAUCCUGGCACCGCGUGGCAAUACCUCGACAGGUUCUUUACUGGGUAUUAUCUUAAGGAUUUCAAGAUCUCAGAGGUGUCCAAGGAUUACAGAAAGCUUGCCGCUGAGCUUGCCAAACAGGGCUUGUUUGAAAGGAAAGGGCAUGGGACUAUGUACUCCCUUUUAUGCAUUGCUUUAAUGAUGUCCCUUGUUGUUUAUGGUGUCUUGUGCUCUGAGAGCGUCUUGGUUCAUUUGGGUUGUGGUAUGUUGUUGGGUUUACUUUGGAUUGAGGGUGCUUAUGUGGGUCAUGAUUCCGGGCAUUACCAAGUAAUGUCAAACCCCGUAUGCAACAGAGCUGCGCAAAUCUUUUCUGGGAAUUGCUUAACUGGGAUAAGCAUUGCUUGGUGGAAAUGGACUCAUAAUGCCCACCACCUUGCUUGCAAUAGCCUUGAUCAUGAUCCCGAUCUCCAACACAUUCCAGUCUUUGCCGUGUCCUCAAAACUGUUUAAUUCUGUAACAUCCUGCUUUUAUGGGAGGGAGAUGAAGUUUGAUUCUCUGGCUAGAUUCCUAGUCAGUUACCAGCAUUGGACAUAUUACCCAGUCUUGAGUGUUUCACGGGUUAAUUUGUUUGUUCAGACACUCUUGUUGUUGUUCACUAGGAGGGGAGUACCUAAUAGAGGAUUGAACAUAUUGGGAAUCCUAGUAUUCUGGACCUGGUUUCCUCUCCUUGUGUCAUGCCUGCCCAAUUGGAGCGAGAGGGUGAUGUUCGUGAUGGCGAGUUUUGCUGUGACAGGGAUCCAACACAAUCAGUUCACUUUGAACCAUUUUUCGGCGGAUGUUUAUCUGGGACAUCCUAAUGGGAAUGAUUGGUUUGAGAAGCAGACAGGUGGGACUUUGGAUAUUUCUUGCUCGCCAUGGAUGGAUUGGUUCUUUGGUGGAUUGCAGUUCCAGCUUGAGCACCAUUUGUUCCCGCGAUUACCGCGGGGCCAGUUGAGGAAUGUUUCUCCUAUUGUGGAGGCUUUAUGCAAGAAGCACAACUUGCCUUACAGAAGUAUGUCCUUCUGGGCUGCCAACGUAUCCACCAUUAGGACCCUCAGGACCGCUGCCCUACAGGCUCGCGACAUGACUGGCCCUGUCCCGAAGAACUUGGUGUGGGAGGCUUUUAAUACUCAUGGCUGAGACAAAGGCCUUGUUUUUUGGUUGGUAUUUUCAUAAAUUUCCCUGGCUUGUGCCUGUGCCAGUGCCAGUAGGAUGACUAUUACUUCCAAAUUUGAUAUCAUAUCUCAUAUACUGUGCUUCUAUUUGAGAUCCAGAUUUUGAGAUCCAGAUUUAUUUUCUUUGUUUUUUUUUUUUUUUUUUUUUUCUCGUUUAAAACAAUAUACUAGAUGAUUUUCCUCCAUUACCACAGAGUGCUAAGCUAUGCUUGAUAUUUCUUCACGUUGUGGGAAUUCUUAGUACCAUAGUGAUAUUCUCUGACUGGCAGUUUUAUAUAUUCUUCCUAGGAAAUUCUACAUGUUGAUGAGAAGAAAGUUAAUUUAUUAUCUAAUGUUUACAGUUUUUCUUUA